AUGUUACAAAGUCAUCGUGGUACGUUGCUGUAUCAGCCCUUGUUCCAUAAUUUGCACCCAGUUUUCGAUGACAUAAGCCGCGGUGUAGGCUGCGAUUCUCAACGCAAAAAAUUCUCAUAUUUCUUCAUCAUGGCCGACACUCCCUCCAUGCAUUUGGUGCGUCCCACCGUGGCUGCCCUCGCGGCGCUGCUGGCUUCUGGCCCAUGCAAGAUCAAAGUGCACAAUGUAGCGCUCUUCAAAAUUUUGGAAAUCGUUGCCAAACAAGUUCAUCCUGACCAUAAAAGAGUGAUUGGAACAAUGUUAGGAUACCGAUCCGAAGACGGAACCGAGUUUGAAAUUCGCGAUGCUUUCAUGGUUCCAUGUACCGAGACCGGAGAGUCGCUUGCUAUUGACGACCAAGCACACAAGACGUUUUACAAGUUGUAUAAAAAGGCUCAUCCUAAGGAAUACGUGUUGGGAUGGUUUGGAAGUGGAAAACAAAUCGAUACCACCACAGGUUUGAUCCACGAUUUCUACAGCAAGGGUGCCGACAGCGCAGCUCCAUAUCCUGCUAUUCACUUGAAUGUGGAUUUUGUAGACGAUGACCAGAAUGUCACCGCCCCAAGUAUCUCGACAUAUAUUGGAGCCGCCAUUGGCAGACCUGCGUCCGGCAAAAUUGGCUGGAAAACUUCAUCGUCGCUGAACAACUCGUACAUAUUCACGCCAAUUCCUCACGAAAUAAUAACUGGCAGUGUCACCGAAAAAUUGGCCCUCAAUGGGUUGUGCGAAGCGGUUCAAAUUGGCACCGAGUCCGGUGCCUCGUCCGUGUCUGGUGCUGCCGCCAGCGACUUGUCGUACUUGUCGUCGCAACUCAACGCCGUAAGUGCCACCAUUACCAAACUUCUCCACCACAUUGAGUCCCCCUCCACCUCCGAUGCCGACGUCGAUUUGUUGCGUCUUUUGAGCAACAAUCUCUUGACCAAACCCCAUUUUCUCACCGAUGUUUCCGAGUUGAAACUGCACUUCAUGGCCCACAACCAGGACGUAAUCAUGAUCGAAUACUUGACCAAGGUGGUAAAGGAGCAAAUAGAAUUGAGUGCUCGGUUGACAGCCGGUGCUGAAUCGAAGUACGCAUAG